CACCUUAACCCCGAUCAUUCGCACCGACCACAUCCUCAUCGUCUCCAACCUCGGCGAAACCCUAGCCUAGCCCCGCCGAAUCGCGAGUCCCCCCGAAGCCGGAGCAAGCCGAGAUGUCCCGCACCGGACCGAUCGCCCAGGACUGGGAGCCGGUGGUCGUGCGCAAGAAGCUGCCCAACGCCGCCGCCAAGAAGGACGAGAAGGCCGUCAACGCCGCCCGCCGCGCCGGCGUCGACAUCGACAUCGCCAAGAAGCAUAAUGCUGGGACAAACAAAGCUGCUCAUAGCACCACAUCGCUCAAUACAAAGAGGCUUGAUGAUGAUACAGAGAAUCUUGCUCAUGAGCGUGUGCCGUCAGACCUGAAGAAGAGCAUUAUGCAGGCUAGAACGGACAAGAAGCUCACACAGGCACAGCUUGCACAGCUGAUCAAUGAGAAGCCACAAGUCAUCCAGGAGUACGAGUCAGGCAAGGCUAUCCCAAACCAACAGAUCAUCGGCAAGCUGGAAAGGGCUCUUGGCACAAAGCUGCGAGGCAAGAAGUGAAGCUGCGUGUGCAUCUGACAGGAGUCGAGGCUUUCAAGAGAGCUUGGCUGGGCAAGUUUACCGCUAAAUAAAGCUUGUCUACUAAAUCAUGCGACUUAAGAAAACCCCGGAGUUUGGUAUUUCGCUCAGGUUUGGGUGAAUGUAAUUAUUAGCUUCUGUGAACAACUCUGUAUCUGGGUUUCGUUUCGUCAGCGUGUCUUCGUGAAUGUGAACUGUUCUGAAUGCCUGAACCUUUAUAUAACUUGUCUCUGUUGCCAAAUGUCUCUGCAUCAA